GAUUUCAUUUUCUCGAGCGGAACAGCUGACUACGCAGUGGCUUGUGCAAACGGAUUGCUAGCCAAUAUCCAUUCCGAGCAGGACAAGAUCAUUUUGUGUAAAUUACGAACUGACCUUUAGGGUUUUAGAUAUUUAUUCCCAACUGUCAAUGGCCGAGACGGAUCCCAAGUCCGUUCAGGACUUUACAAACGUGGUCCAAACUUUGCUGCAACAAAUGCAAGACAAGUUCCAGACCAUGUCGGACCAAAUCAUCGGAAGGAUUGAUGAGAUGAGCACGCGGAUUGAUGACUUGGAGAAGAACAUUGCUGACCUGAUGACACAGGCGGGUGUAGAAGAAAAUGGGGCCAUACCAGAAAAGCCGAAAGAAGGUCAAGGCUCCUCAUGAAACUCCAGAGACCAUACGCUGCAUUCUAGGUACUGGAGCAGCGGAAUUCCAGUCCUGAUAAUGACAUUGACUUGUGUGAUGUUUUUUUUAUAUACAUAUAUUGACUAUUAUGAGAAAUGUUUGUGGUGAAAUAAAGACAAAUAGAACGUUAUUUGUAAGCUAGAAUAGUGUGUUCUGCCUGUUAAAAUUUUAGUUCUGCAAAGAUACAAAUUAAUGCAGUUUGUGCACUGACAGGGAUGUUGUCCUAUAUUGUAAUCGAUUCUUGUGAAAUGAAAUGCUGGCUGAUGGGAGUUACUGUUGUCCAGCCCUGUCAUGAUGACAUCACACUGUGGGCUGAUAGAUUUCAAGAACUGCCUUUCAAAGACAGGAAAAUUAACAUCCGAUGCUUGCAUUAUUUGACAGCCACUGUUCAUCAGCGGUGAGAUGCAUUCCGUCUUAACAGGUUUUCUUCUAUUAAAUAUAUUGACUAAAAUGCUGUUGAAUUGCAUAGUAUAUAUUUGGUGCUAGGUGCUUUUAAAUAUACUAAUCAGGAGGUGCUUUUUGUAAACAACCAUUUUACAAUCCAAUCGAUACAUGUUCACUCUGUUUAAUAUUUAAUCCAAAUAAACUGUGUUCAACUGAAACACACUUGGCACUUGAA